AGCAGUGACAGGAAGUGUCUGUCGCCACUCAUUUUUUGAUGUCGCGGUGUUGAAGGUUUUAUUUUAGCAGCUGCUUAAUGUUUUAAACAUAUAUCUUGUUUUAUCGUAUAAGUGUUGUUGUAAACAUUUUGCUAAUGCGUACGGGCUAGUUUGAGUUAUUUGGCGAGUUUGAAAGUUAUUACAAAAGAUAGUCGUUUCGAAAAAAGAUUUACAUGAUGACUUCUGGGGGUUUGGGCUUCACCGAUAGCCAGGGACAAGACAUCAGCCAGGAGGACCUGGACUUCUCCGACCUGUUUCUUUAUAAUUCACCUGGGGAAGACUUUCUUGUCGGCAGUGCUAAAGAUGACUCAAGGGUUCUCCUUCAGAAUAACAACCAGCCUCCUCUGCUGGUGGACGACAAUCACACUGCCUACAUCUCCAGCUCCAGCCAGCCAGACCCUUGUCAAGACACCUCCUCUCACAGCCCCACAACAGAAACCCUGUCUGGAGCCGUGCUUGACUCCCUGGGGCUGGCAUCAAGACUGGGGAACAUCCCUGCCUCCAGUCCAAGAAUUGAGAUCACUCCGUCAGGCGACUCUCUGACCCUGGAGCCAAGCCUUGGCACUAAAGCUCUUGGGGCCUACAGGGAGUGUGUGAGCCCUGCCAGCAGCAACUCCUCCUCUGGCUGGCCUGCAGAAGCAUACUCUCCUUCGGCUUCACCCUGCAUCUCCCCUUCUAAUGGGGGAGGCUGUGGAAUAGGUUUGUCAAGCUUGGACCUCUGUACGGUUAUCCAAGGCAUCCACAAUUCUUCUGCCCACUCCUCUCCUGGAGCCUCGCCUCGCAACAGCAUCACAGACGAGACCUUUCUCCAACCUCAGCAGCACCGCACCACCUCAUCACUCCCCCACCAGCGUUCCCGCUCUGCUUCGCCACAUGGAAAGAGAUCCUAUGACCAGUCUCAUUCCUGUCGGGGAGGCACUCCUGUUAAGCAGCGCUCGAGGAGUCCCAGUCCCAUCCCUUCUCCCCAUGAGCAGCAGGCGUCCUACUACCUCCAGCAAUACCAGGCCCACGUGGAGCUCCAGCCCCAGGCUCAGACCUCCUCGGGACUGGAGGAGAUGCUGAACAACAUCAGCUCCUGUCCACCAAGAGCGAUGCCCUCCUCAGCGGUGCGAGAUGUACAUGGGCAGGGCCAGAGACAGGACUGUGUGUAUGGAGAAAGGUAUGACUGGGCCAUUGAGCAGGAGAGGACGAGCAGGGCAGGAGCUGAAGUCAAGUUUGAAACUUUCUAUAUGCUCCCAGCUGUGUUGCCCCCUCAUCCAGUUCACCACGGAGCAUUCGGUGGUCUCUCAGUGGCUCCACUUGCGUCUUUGGAGUGGCCGUUGCCCAGCCAGUCGGGUCAAUACAAGCUUCUUAUCCAGCAAGAACCCAGAUCUCACCACAGAGCUCACUAUGAGACUGAGGGCAGCCGUGGAGCUGUGAAGACGUCUAACGGAGGUCAUCCGGAAGUUCAGCUCUACGGGUACCAAGGCACAGCUCCACUGGGCCUGCAGGUCUUCAUAGGAACAGCAGAUGAGAGGAUCCUGAAACCUCACGCCUUCUAUCAGGUGCACCGCAUCACCGGGAAGACCGUCACCACACCCAGCAUGGAGAGGAUCAUGAACGGGACCAAAGUGUUGGAGAUUCCUCUGGAGCCAAAGAACCACAUGGGUGUAGUGAUUGACUGUGUAGGAAUCCUUAAGUUGAGAAAUGCAGACAUCGAACUAAGGAACGGCGAGACGGACAUUGGACGAAAAAACACACGCGUGCGUUUGGUGUUCCGUGUCCACAUUCCUCAACCUGGAGGCCAGCUUGUGUCUCUUCAAGCUGCCUCUCAACCUAUUGAGUGCUCCCAGCGCUCCGCUCAGGAGCUCCCUGCAGUCGAGAGGCAGGACCUGGACCGAUGCUCGGUACAAGGCGGGCAACAAAUGGUCCUUACUGGACAGAAUUUCACAUCCGACUCCAGAGUGAUCUUCUCUGAGAAAACACAAGACGGGAAGCAAAUCUGGGAGGUGGAGGCCACUGUUGACAGAGACAAAACACAAGCUAACAUGCUGUUUGUUGAGGUCCCUCCGUACCAAAAUCGGAGCAUUUCCCAACCAGCAAAAGUCAACUUCUAUGUGAUCAACGGGAAGAAGAAACGCAGUCAGCCUCAGCACUUCAUCUACACUCCUGGGAUAGGUACAUAUCUGCCAACCAUCUCAGCCAUUAAAGCAGAACCGCUGGAUGACUACCAGCUGAAUACGUAUGGUUACACUGACAAUCAGCCCCUAACUGGCCUGUCGAUGAAGUCACUCUACCAUCAGCUGGAGCACGAGAGCAGCCUUCAAGCCUUGAAUGUUUCUCCUACAAUGUACCAUCUAACAGCUGCAGACCCGAGAGCCCACGUUGUAAUCCCAGAUCCACUAGACGAACAGCCACUCUAUUACCAGUCCAGAGCCGGCUCUUUUAUCAACAACCCUGGGCUGUACCACCCAGCAAACCAACGUUACAGCGGAAGUGGUACCACCCUCCUUGGAAGUUCCCCGGUAGCUUCCCACGCUGCCUCCAAUCCCAGCCCCUGUGUCGGUGCCAGAACCGCUGUGGGAAAACUGGGCGAAGGUCCUCAGGUUGGUGAUUCAUACGAGGCCUGUUUUGUGUCGAGACAUCAGAAUUUUGUGCAGACAGUGCUGCCACUGGGGAAGUCUCCACCAUCGAGAUACAUCCAAGGUCCUGUUCAAGGGAAGGCUGGAGGCCGAGUGGAGUCUCUGACCAUGAGGAACCAUGAGGAAGGAGCACCAGAGAGGGUCACCGUCAAACAGGAGAACCUCCGCUAUGCUUACCUGGAGGAUGUGAAUGACAUCAUACGCAGAGACAUGAAAGGAUACAAUGGAGAGUGAACAUGGAGGACUGCAGCCGCCCUGAUGUUCUUCAGAUUAAGCAUAAAAUGAGUGUCUUUGAGGAAAGCAUGUACUAGUUAUCAAAUAAAAUUGUUGGCUGACAUAAAGCAAGCAAUCUAAACUAUUACAAUUUUAGACUUUUUGACCCUUUACUGUUCAUCUAUUGUGUCUUUAUUUUAAGUAGUUUGACUUAUUUGUACAAUUGCUCUUUUUAGGCAUCUAUACAAUAUGUUGUAUUAAAUAAAAUCUGUUUAUAUGAA